AUGUGCAAUGUAUCAGUGAGUGAUGAUAUUAUCAUGAUCCCACAGCCUGCUCUUCUAGUGCCUGCUGAUCCACCAGUGUAGGUGUUGUUGUUCUGUGUGUGUGUGUAUGUGGGUUGGGCUGCCUGCUAUAACAGCAUUUUAUCUUCCCCCAUGGCCUGGGGAUUCCAUCCUGGGAUCUGUCAGAGUGUGGAUCCAUCAUCCUCCACUCACUGCAACUGUCACCCUGCCACUGCCAGCCACAGAUACAGUCUUUCCGUGACACUGAUUGUGUCUUUAAUAUUGGAGCUGGUGGCAUCUUAUGGC